AAAUUCUCCCCACUGGACCUCCUUUCUUCUUAACCACCAUUUUUCCUAAACGUGUCUUCGUUCUUCGUCGAGUUAUUAAGAUUGGUUAUUCAAAAUAAUUCGGUCUUGGGCAUACCCACUACUUGUCCGAAACCCUCCAGCGUUGCAUCCGUAGAAACUCGAUCGAUCUUCAGAUUUCUUUUGAAUUUGAGCUUCAACAAUGAAGAGAUAGGCUCACUAUUUCUCAAGAAUCGCGAAAAUCUACAGAAGUUACGGCAUUCAGUCCACUCCUUCCACAAAGAUGCCAUGGGGGCUUCCGGAAAACGAAGACUUUCAGGGAUGCAGAAACAAGUCCUUGCUCUGUAUAGAGGAUUCUUACGGGCAGCACGGUCCAAACCCCCCGAAGAACGUAGUAAGAUUGAAUCGUUUGUCUCAUCUGAGUUUCGCCUGAAUUCAUCUCAGGUAGACCGCAAGAACUUUCUUUACAUUGAGUAUUUACUCCGGCGAGGUAAGAAACAAUUAGAUCAGCUAAAGAGUCCGGAUACUGUAGCAUUGUCAUCGUUAACAGUAGAGGUGGCUCCUCAGACAAAAAAAUCUUAGGAUGUUUUCAUUGUAAUUCUUUUUUUUUUUUUUUUUUUUUUUAAAUCUGUUGUGAUAUUUUUAAGGUGAAAUAGUUAUUGGACAUAACCUUACAAUAAAGUUGCAAUUUGGAUUAUAUAUGGGAGGAGAAGAAU